AUGAAGUUUGUGAUCUUUACGCUUCUGGUUUCAUCCGCUUUUGGUAAGUAAAUAUUUUAAACAAUUUUUAUUUUGUGUUUAGCUGCCAAAUGCGAAUCUCCCAAAGUAACAGAAAGCGGGUUUUCCACCACUGAUGGCUUCUUUCACUAUCACACCACCUAUAUCGUCGAAUUUGCUCUUCAAUGCUCAAACAACCCUAAGGUAAUGUUUUUUAAGUGUUGUUUUUUUGCGGACGUUGCCGUAACGUUUCUUGUGUCGACAGUUGUUUUUCUAAACUAAUAUUGUAUGUUUUAUGAGUAUACAAUGUGAUAUUAAAUUGGCCUGGAAAUAAUAUAAACCUUAUCUUCAUUCCAGGAAGUGCCUUUGUAUGCCAAGAUCAAUGGAAAGAUCAACCAGGUAGCUCUGUCAGAUGAGACCGGCAACUAUCAAGUCUCCUGGUCUCUCCCCAACGAGGAAUCUACAGCCCAGACCUUCAAAAUUGAGAUCUAUGACCAAGAUCAAUACAACAAGUACGUCAAGGCCGAAGGAGAAGGAAUCGAGCCAUCCUUUGUUGUGGACUACUAUCAUGCUGGAGUUUCCCGUAACUGGCCCAUUUCUUCUGAGGCUGUGGCCCUUCUUGUUAGUUUCUUGGCUGUCUAUGCCGCGUUUAAUUACAGAUCGGAGCUCAAGGCCUAA